UCCGCCUCCGCCUCAGUCGGGAAGAUGGCGACGCUCUCGCUGCUGCAGGCCGCGGCGCCGGCGACCGGCGGCUUCUCCUUCCACAACUGCGCCCGGAAUGCCCAGCUGGAAGGCCAGGGGGCCCAGAGAGGGCUUCGGCUGCCCACGCCGCGCAAGACGGGCACCACCAUAGCUGGGUUGGUGUACAAGGACGGCAUCGUGCUCGGGGCCGAUACCCGAGCCACCGAGGGGAUGGUGGUUGCUGACAAGAACUGCUCCAAAAUCCAUUUCAUCGCGCCCAACAUCUACUGCUGUGGGGCAGGGACAGCUGCGGACACCGAAAUGACGACGCAGAUGAUUUCUUCCAACAUGGAGCUUCACUCCCUUUCAACUGGGCGCCUUCCGAGAGUCAUUACGGCCAAUCGGAUGCUUAAGCAGAUGCUUUUCAGGUACCAGGGAUACAUUGGUGCAGCGUUGGUCCUUGGCGGGAUUGAUGUGACUGGGCCUCAUCUCUACUGCAUUUAUCCCCAUGGAUCGACUGACAAGCUGCCCUACGUCACAAUGGGUUCCGGAGCGUUGGCAGCUAUGGCCGUCUUCGAGGACAAGUUCAAACCCGACAUGGAGGAAGAGGAAGCCAAACAGCUUGUGAAGGAUGCUAUUGCAGCUGGCAUAUUUAAUGACCUGGGCUCUGGCAGUAACAUUGAUCUUUGUGUCAUCAACAAGAGCAAGCUGGAUUUCCUGCGUCCAUACAGCACACCCAACAAGAAGGGGGAAAGGCAAGGAAGGUAUGGGUGCAAGAAGGGGACCACGGGCAUCCUGUCGGAAAAGGUGACGCGCCUGGAGCUCGAAGUGGCAGAUGAGACGGUGCAGACCAUGGAUACAUCUUGAUUUCCGGUGGAGAUUGCGGGGCAUGGAUUGGGGGCUGAGAAUGUGCCUUUUAAGUUGAAAUACUUUUUGGGAUGUUACAGUUAACCAAACUAAUAAACAAAUGAUGGGAACGGA